AUGAAACCUGUCAUGCAAGAUAUGGCACCUCUCCCACCAGACAGAUGCCGAGAAGCUUUUCCGUUUGAAAACUCCAGGAUAGAUUACGCGGGUCCACUGUACGUCAAAAGUGGAAAAGAAUUAUCUAAGACAUACGUUUUACUGUUUACCUGUGCUGUAACUAGAGCCGUGCAUUUAGAACUUACGGCUGACCUUUCCACAGAAAAAUUUUUGCUUGCAUUUAGACGGUUCAUAGCGAGAAGAGGUUUGUGCCGAAUAGUGUACACCGAUAACGCCAAAACCUUUAAAAGAGCGAAAAAAGAAUUAGAGCUAUUGAACGAGGUGAUGAAAAGCAAUAAAGUUCAAGACGAGUUCUCUAAGCAAGGAAUCAAAUGGAAAUUUAUAGUUGAGAGGGCGGCAUGGUGGGGAGGCUUUUGGGAGCGUAUGGUUCAGUCUUUUAAAGCUCUUCUGAAGAGAAUCUUAGGAAAAUCAUCCUUGACAUUCAGGGAAUUAGAGACAGUCAUAACAGAAGUGGAAGCUAUAUUGAACUCCAGACCUUUAACAUUUACAUACUCGGAUCUAGGAGAACCAGAAUCUUUGACCCCUGGUCACUUCUUAAUAGGAAGACGAUUACUAUCAUUGCCACAAGGAAGCUCUAAAUUAACUUCAACAAAGGAGAGUCUUACACGUCGAUUUAGACAUCAACAGAUACUGGUAGAAAGAAUCUGGCGAAAAUGGAGGCAGGAUUAUUUGAUGAAUUUAAAAUCUGCUCAUCAUUCCAAACUGGCGAAAACAGGAACCUGUUUGAAGAAAGGAACUAUUGUAUUAGUGCAUGAAGAUAAAAUUCCACGGCUGAUGUGGAAGACGGGCAUCAUAAUGGAAGUCUUUCCUGGGAGAGAUAGCAAGGUGAGAGCCUGUGCUGUCCGCUUGCCCAAUGGACAUAUGAUUAAAAGACCAGUGCAAUUACUAUAUCCGGUGGAGCUGGAAUGUAAUAAGGACAAUUACGGCAAUUGUCCUUCCGGGCGGGAGGAUGUUGCAACUCAACACUUGCUGAGAUCCGAUGGCUGA